UCACACCUAAAUUAGAGAUGCUCACGAGAAAAAGUCUGAUUACGUUGCUAAUAAUGUUCUUUUUAGGAUGCCAGGAAGCGGCGGAUAAGGGAAAACAGGAGAAACUCUUGGAUUUAGCGGAAUGUUUACCAGAUAAAUUCACUGUCACGGGUCCGAUUUUGGACUGGUGCUGCUUCUGGACGCCGAAGAUGGGCUGCCAGCAAUUGGGGGGCACUUUAUACCAAAACUUCUCGGACUGUGAUAUCUGUCGGCACUCCUGUAACUGCGACGAGGAUAAAGUCAGUGGAAUGGUCAAGAUCUCCCCCCGCAGAUGGUGCGCUGUGCUGGGCAUUCUAGCCCUUCUAUCGAUAGCAUAUCUAUAGUCUUGAGAACCGUUGCUUUGCAUAUCACAGGAAAUUCAAUAAAGUUGCCUACAUGGGGGAAUUUAAAGUGCUUGGGCACAGACCGAAAAACCAAGUGGCCAUUGCACUAAGCCAAGGCGCAUACAAAUCUAGUCAACAACAAUGGGUCUCCUUCUGUCCCCAAACGACGCAGUGCACAUGACUCUGGCCAGAAGGGGCGAGGGAAUACGAUAUUGCUUCUGUUUGUUUUUGCCGGCAAGUACCAGUGUUGACAGAUAUUCAAAAGGAAAACAUCAUUUUUUAGUCUCGCAAC